UUGCGCUGUUGACAAGAAAAUUUUCUGUAUUCGUUAUCAGUCAUUGAACACGAAGAAAUAAUAAGUUAUGUUGUUUAAAUAGGUUCAAGAAAAAAUGAAUGGAUUAAUUGUAUUUAAUAGUGCGAACGAUGUGGUGUAUCAAAAGCUUAAUUGUAAGUUGCGAGAACAUAUUUAUGAAAAGGCAUUUUCUCAGGGACUACUGCCUGAGGAUUUUUAUAAAGAUGGUUCAGCACCUCUACAGGGAAAUAUCGAUGCUAACGUUUUGCUGCAGCUAUUUAGUCCUCUAAUAAAUUCGCAGAAAAUAAUGCAUUGCCAAUUUGAUAAUUGCUACGCUGCCAUACAAUGCGAACAUGACUUGAACUUUGUGUUCGGGGAAGUACUUGGAUUUCAAUUUUUAAAAAUUUCCCAAGACAGAUUGGAAUACAUGCAGCGACAAAUGGGUGUACUGAUGUCAUUAGCCAAACAUCUGCAUGGACCUAAUUUGUUUGCAAGUGAUGUACAAGAAGAACUAUUUUCUAAAUGUAUGGAAUACUAUGAGGAUGAGAUUUGGGAUCAAGAUUUAAUUUUACAGGUUGAAGCAUUGCCACGGUUAUUGAUUAAUACGGAGUUAAGAAGGGCCGUAAAAGGAAGUUUAGAUCGAGCACUUGAUUGUCUGAGAGACAGCGGCCAUUCGAGAUGUCAUGCUAUACUGUUUGUUGGCGUUAAAUUUGUCUCCAUUAAUUCAUCCAGAAAUGCAAUGCAAUUAAGUCCGUCCGAUCUACUAUUUUUGGCUUUGUUAAUAAGGUCAUUGCAAAAGGAUUCUAGAAGCCUUAAUAAGACAGUAGCGGUAUUUCUUCAAGGACUUAGCCAGGAUCCCCAUUCAGGAUGUGUACCGUGUAUAGCUCAUUUAAAUAAAUUAAAUAAGGGUGAGGUUCUAAUACAGAUUGUCGAAUAUGCUCCUCUGCCGGUAGCUUGUAGUUUAUAUGACACUCUAUAUGUACUGCAGAAGAUAAUUUCAAUACAAAUGCAAGGGGAUGUAGAGGCUUUAAAACCUACAUAUGAAUCAUUGGAAUCAUUUAUUAGGCAAUCAAUUGAUGCUCUGAAAAAGGCCAAACUUAAAGGCGACGAUUUAGAAAUUUGUUUAAAAAAGUUCUCUUCAAAAUGGGAAAACCUAAGAAAAAUGUAUAACGAAUUUCUUAAAACGUAUGAAAGAGAUUUAAUUGUCCGCAUAGAAUCGAAUAUUCCAUCAUUUCAGGAAGAUCUUAAACAACUAUUUACAAUGGCCUGUUGUGACUCUUCAGCUAUAAAUUUUCAACAAUUACCUGAAGUCGCUUCUGUAGUGGAGGGUAAGCUUUUGGAAUUUUCAGAGUUUCUGGCGGUUAAAGCAGAAAGAAAUAUCUCCAUUGAGGCGUAUCUUGAAGAUUUUCCUGGCCUUAUACACUUUAUUUAUAUAAAUCGUUCUUCAGGGCUAAUGAUCUCUCCCGACCUAAAGUCCAGCACUCCUCUUAUACCAUGUGAAAAUCUUUCCGAGAUGUUGGAGUUUUCUCGUACACAUUUGAAAAAAGGACAUUCAUCUGUGAUGUGGAAAGACAAGUCUUUUAACUAUGCAUACUUCCUUUGGUUUGAGGACCAAACAACGGGAUCUUCAAAAUCUAUAGAUCUGCAAAAACCAUUUAACGCUUCACAACAUUCCGCGAAUGCAUUCAAACCGAAUUUUGAGCCCGGUUUAUUAGCAGGCGAUUAUUAUCAUCUACUGACAGAGGCGUGCUUUCCAAAAACACCAGCAAAUAAAAUUAAAUGUUACGAAUUGUAUUGUGUACAUUUAGGCUUGGUAACGGCUACUUGUGCUGUUGAACAUUCUAGACGUUUGGUAGCCACGAUUUCCGAUGUAGUUGGUGACGAUGUAUUUUAAGAUUAUUUGUAAUUUUUUCUAAUAAAGUGCAAUAUGUGUGAAGCCAACAAUUAAUUAUAUAAAAUUUUAAUAAAACAUUUAAAGCUGUAUUUGAUAUUAAA